ACUUGGUAUAUUAACAACCAACACAGCGUUCAAGAAUCACAGCUACAGCAGCACGAUCUAUAUACGACCGGCGAAGACAUCUAACUACAUAUCGUUUGCAUUGACUGGAUCAUCAUAUCUUCACAAAAUACUGCUUUGAAAAUGCCUCACUCAUUUUUAGUUAAGAAAAAAGAUUUCAAGAAAGCUUUGGCCGUGCAAUUUGCUGAUCGAGUGUUUCCCGAGGCAAAUCAUUACGUUCCGUUCACCCAAGAAGCACCGCAGUUCCUGGCCAUCCCCCCACCGUUUCCCGCCUAUGCGUUCUUCCGGGAGUACCCGAUGCACUGGGUGGCGGCCGCUGGCCCCGUUGGCACACCGUACCCGGUCAUCCGCGAGCUCAACCCCCCGGCGAAAGACGCCGUGCGGAAGGAGACUAAGAACGAGUUGAAGGACGAAGACAAGGGGGCCUCGGACGAGAACACGGCCUUCAAAUGCCCACAUUGUAGCAAGGUCUUCACGCGAUCGUGGAACUUCCAUCGUCACGUCCUUAUCCACAGCGGUCAGAAACCCUACAAAUGCGAGGUUUGCCCGAAGGCAUUCGCCCUAGCAGCCCACCUCAAGAUUCACAACAGAAUACACACGGGGGAGAAACCUUACACGUGCGAAAUCUGCCAACGAGGAUUUGCGCAACUCACAAAUCUCCAAAGACAUAUCCUGACGCACACAGGUCAGAAGCCUCACAAAUGCACCUACUGUCCGAAGGCCUUCGUCAGCUCGAGCGAUCUCAGACGUCAUGUAAGAAUACACACAGGGGAACGUCCUUACAAAUGUAAACAGUGCACCAAAGCGUUCACCACCUCCGGUAACCUACAGUCCCACAUUCUGACCCACACCGGGGAAAAACCCUACCAGUGCAAGAUCUGCAGUUGGAAGUUCAUCUCAUCGAGUAAUCUACGCACGCACAUGCGCAUUCAUCACACAACCACGGACAGCCAGCAACGGUCAAACGGCAAAGAGAAAACUCAAACUGUCGAUAAAAAGAUCAAGACGGAGUUCUAUCGAGAAACGAACGCAUAAAUCCCACAGAACUGUCCUGAAUUCAAAUAAAUAGAUCGAAAUACCUGAUAAACCUUUUUUAAACAUUCAAAUCUAACAGAUAAUCUUUCGGAGCAAAUAUAUAUAUCUGUAUAUUUGUUUUUAUAUUCUAGUAUUUAUCGGAUUAAUCGAUAAAAUGAACCCACAUUGCUUCCUCCUGUACGUGAACACUAAACUACUUAUAAAAAGAUGAACUCUAUUUUGUAAAUAAAAAUCUCCCUAUUGCAAAAGAGGCAAAUGUUUUUGCUUGUAAACAAGCUAUAUAUGUACAAAAACGUUUAUUCAACCAUUAUACGUUGGUCUAAAUAUUUUAUUGUACAGAAAACUAUUAAAUAUUUUAUCAAAAUUCAUAAUA